CCGAGACUUUCCUUGACAUUGCAUCUCGACGAUGCAUCUCAGAAUUGUCUUUGUUUUCGUUACUUUCUUCUGGUCUGUUCGAUCUCAACUGGAAGAAAACUUUCCUAUUAUUUACUCUACAAUAAACGAAACAAAGAAAAUAUCGAGAAAUGUAGAAUCAAACUAUUCUACUAGUAUAAUAGACCGAAGCAAUGUUACAGAAAAUCAAACCGAUUUCAAAGUAAACGUUAGUAACAACGAAGAAACAAGUAAAUACAAAACGAAAGAUUUCGAAAUCAUUGGAAAAUAUGUUUCGAAGAACGAUAGUGAUCAUUCAACGAAUAACACCAAGACUUUCGUACUUGAGAGUCGUGAUAAUCAAAGAAACUGGGGACCUCAUGAAGAGGAUAUUCUCGAAGCUGUUGAUUUUGGAUUACAAGCGAUGCAUGAUCUUUACAACGUUAAAGAACCAAAAUUAUAUUCAAUGGGACUCUAUCUUGGAGCUGACAAUCCAGCGAAAUACGUGGCAGCUUUCAAUGAUCAAACCGAAGAAGCUAGGAUGCUCGCUAAAUUCGGUUAUGCGGUCCUCGAAGGCGCAACUAUGUUUGUCAAAAAAUUUCCCGAUAUGUCGAGAGAAUUUCCUCUUUCUCGCAACGGACCAACAACGAGAUUGCAACGACAAUGUCCAAGAAGAGGAACUCCUCGAUGUCCACCAGCUAGUUUAAGAUAUAGAACUUCGGAUGGAAGUUGUAAUAAUCUUAAGAAUCUUUGGUGGGGAUCAGCAAUGUCAACUAUGCAAAGGUUCUUACCACCGAAUUAUGAUGACGGUAUACAAACCAUCAGAAGAUCAAAAGACGGUAAUCCAUUACCAAGUCCACGUGUAAUUUCCGACGUGUUACACGAGGAUAGGGAUAUACAAUUGGCAUCUAUUACACACAUGUUGAUGCAAUGGGGUCAAUUCGUGGAUCACGACUUAACAGCAACUGGACAAAGCAGAGGUUUUAAUGGAUCAGUUCCUCAGUGCUGUUUAAAUUCGGGUCUUGGGUUUCAACCCUUCGAAUUUAUGCAUCCAGAAUGUUUGCCAAUAGCGGUAGAUCCUCAGGAUAGUUUCUUUGCUCGUUUUGGUGUGAAGUGUCUCGAGUUUCUUAGAAGUGGAUCAGCACCCAGAGAAGACUGCCGAUUUGGCGCUCGUGAACAAUUAUCUCAAGUUACAAGCUAUUUAGAUGCAUCCACGGUAUACAGUAGCAAUGCUUUUCAAAGUGACAAUCUCAGACUCUUUAGAAACGGUUUAUUGCAAUACGGUAAAAUACAAUCCCUAAGACCUCUGCUACCUAGACAAGAUUCGGAUCUUUGCAAACGAGGUUCCUUAUCAACGAAUUGCUUCAGAGCAGGCGAUGGUCGUUUGAGCGAACAACCAGCUCUGACGUCCAUCCAUGUUGUAUUCUUAAGACUGCACAAUAGAUUAGCGACGAAACUCGUCGCACUAAAUUCUCAUUGGAGCGACGAAAGGACAUUCCAAGAAACUCGUAAGAUUAUAGGCGCGAUUGUGCAACAUAUUACUUAUCGUGAGUUCUUACCGAUAAUACUAGGGAACGAGGUAAUGAAGGUAUUUGAUCUCGAAGUAUUAACAAAGGGAUACUACCACGGUUACGAUCCUUCUAUUAAUCCUACUAUAGCAAACUCGUUCUCAACUGCCGCUUAUCGUUUCGGACAUUCACUGGUUCAGCAUAGUUUCGUACGAUUCGACGGAAAUCAUCGACCUUUUUUUAAUAAUGUCUCAAUUCACGACGAAUUCAGAAACUCAGAAAAUUUGGAGACAGCAGGUUCGGUAGACCGUCUUCUUUUAGGAUUAGUGAAUCAACCGUCACAGAAAAGGGAUGAAUUUAUAACGGGAGAAUUAACACGUCAUUUAUUUCAAACGCCAGGUUUUCCUUUCGGGAUGGAUCUGGCAUCUCUUAAUAUCCAAAGAGGACGAGAUCACGGUAUACCACCAUACGUUGAUUGGCGAGGACCAUGCGAUUUGUCUCCCGUCAAAAGUUUUGCCGAUCUUGAGAAAAUUAUGCCAUCUAAAUCUGUGAUAAAAUUUCGAACUUUAUACCCUUACGUAGAAGAUAUUGAUUUAUAUUCUGCUGGACUCGCAGAAAAUUCGAUUCGAGGUGGUUUAGUGGGACCAACAUUUGCUUGCAUAAUCGCGCAGCAAUUUAGUAACCUUAGACGUGGCGAUCGAUUUUGGUACGAAAAUGAAAAAGAGGAAAGUGGCUUUACUUCUAGACAACUUCAACAAAUUAGACGUAUCACAUUCUCACAAGUUCUUUGCCGUACGAUUGAUAACAUCAAAACCAUUCAACCGUUCGUCUUUUUAGUGGCUGAUACAUUCAGAAAUCAACGUGUAGAUUGCGAUGAUGAACUAAUGACACAAUUUAGCCUUGAACCUUGGAUCGAACGACCACCAGAACAAAGAAGUGGAUCAGGUAAUAUAAAAUUAUCAGAUCGAAAGGGAACUGAUCAAAUUCGUAGUACAACCAGCAAAUCUUUUACGAGUCUGAAACAAGAAGCGACCAAAGAAAAUGUUAAAAUUAACAUGAGAGAACAAACGAAGACUUUACCUCAAGGAACAAAGCCUUUUAAGGCUAAUAUCAAUCAGCAUAAUAGAAUCGUUGUAAAAAAACCUUUUGGUCCACCCGACAACGUUACCAUAGUCGUCCAAAAUAAUGCAGUAAAUUCACCCGUCUUCGUUAAUGAUGCCAUUUAUGGUUCGUACAUUCAAAUACAAACGACCACUCAAAGUCACAAGGAUAUUCCGAGACCAGAAUAUUUCAAUUAUCAAACUAAUGGACAAUAUAAUCCAUUAUUAUAUGAUCAAGGAUCAUUUAAUAUUCCUAUUCAUAAACCUCCUUCAAAACCAAUACCAACUGUAAUUCCUGAUAGAUCUGGAAGUUUACAAAACAUAAGACCAUACAUACCAUAUUCUUAUGACGAUCCUAACAACCCAAAUCCUCUGAAUUACGGUUAUAGACCAAAUUAUACACCCGAAGACAUUGUUUAUGACGACUUUUCUCCUACUAGUCCAAGACCAACUUUAUACACGUACUACAUGCACGCCCAACAAUUCAAAACUACGCAAAGACCCAUCCAUCAGAACGAAGGCCAGUCGAAUUAUUACAAUCCUUCUUACAAUAAACUAUCUACGGUGCAACAUUAUCAAGAAGUAAGUCCAUCGCCCUGGAUAAAAACUAAACCACAGUUCGAGUCGAACUCACAGUCUUACGCACAGAGACUAAGUUCAGAUGGUAUUACAAAUCCUCAUCCACAAUAUAAUAGCAAUAUGAACAACAGACCAGAGUACUGGCCUCAUCAAACAUCAAGUGCCAUAAAAGAUGAGAAUAUACAUUCUGGACAGAUCUAUUACAACUACAAUCAAGAUAAAUCUACUGACAAACCUUCUAACAAAGACGAAUCAUCAACUUGGAAAUAUUCGACUAAUGUUCAGAAAGAUAAUGGAUUUGCUAUUUCUUCGAACAAACCUUACAACGAGCCAUCUGUUCCACAAGAAACAGAUAUUCAUAUGAAUAUACCAAUAAAUAGACCGUAUAACGAAGAUAAUCCUGAUAUUUAUAAUAAGAAACCAUUCGAUACAUCCUACCUUACUAUGCUGAACAAAUCAAAUGAUCGAAAUGGAUUAGGAAAUCUACCGAAUGUGCAGGUUUAUCAAGAAGAAGCCAUAAAAAAUCCAAUCUUAAAUAAUCCAAGCGAAUGGACCAAUAUUCCAUCUUAUCAGCAAGGUCCGACCAAAAGACCCGAUUCUAUCAUACUGCAUGAAGAACCUUCGUAUCAGAAAAGUCCAAUUAAAACGCCUACGAUCGUUCAAAGCGAUCUUAGCUGGACGAAAGUUCUAUCGUACCAAGCGGAUUUAUCGAAAGAGACUAGCUAUCAACAAAGAUUAACCAUAAAACCAGAUAGAUCAACUAGCAAUUCAUUUUAUCAAACAAAUCCGUUGAAGGAUUCAACGAACAAAUCUAUCGAAAAAACCGAAGAUAUCUCUUACCAAAGAAAACCAAUUCCACUUGUUCCUAUACAAGAGUUGGCAAAAGUUUCGGCAAAUAAUAAAAGUUCACGGCCGACAAAAAUACAAAGUGUUACCAUUGUCACGGAAAGUACCGAAACAGUUCAACAUUCUGGGUCUACUGGUUAUAGACCAGAAAAUAAAAUCAAUAAAGAAAUUCCAAGACCAUUGGAACUUCGACAAAACGAUGGAAAACCUGGCCAGUACUAUUACGAUAAAAACGUUUUGCAUCGUUACCCCGAAAAAAUAGAAGAUGAUAUCUCUAAAGAUGAUCAUCGUCUUGUGAAGGAUGACGUUAUUUACAAUGGGACGAAAGAAAUUCUGGCAGAAAACAAAACUAUUGUCGAAUUGAAUUACACCGAUGUAUUUACGAAAGCUCACGUGAUUCAAAAUGACAACGAUAAAUUUAUAACAACUCCUACGAUCGUGAUCAAUGAUUCUGAGAGUUAUAUUGACGACGAUCUCGACGGAGCUUUUUCCGAAAACAUCGAAAGUGUCACAACUUUGAACGAUUUACAGAGAACAAAUUAUUGGUUAAAUUCCGAAGAAAAUCCAAGAUUGUCGUCCAUUUUGGAAAUGCCUAGCGUUACAUCUGACGAAAGCAUCAGCGUUAAGGAAUUGCCUAAGCCUUUAAUUAAAACUAGUAAAUCUGCCUCUUAAUUUACAUUUCUUGGUAGUUUAGAAAGCUAUUAUUUUGUUUUUUCUUUUUUUCUAUUUUAUUAUUAUCGUUAACCGUCGUACCUUCUCACGCUAUUUAUUAUCAAGUUCAUUCUUUAUUUU